AUGAACUGGCUGGAACUGGUGGUGUUAGCUGUGCUGCUUUGCUCGGUGCCACGCGUGCUCGGCGGGAAAGUGCUGGUCUUUCCCGUGGACGGAAGCCACUGGAUCAACAUGAAAGUCAUCAUAGAGGAGCUGCACUCCAGGGGCCAUGAAGUGACAGUCCUACAACCACAGGACAGCUGGUACAUCAAGACAGACUCGCCUCACUACAGGACCAUCACCAUCAACUCUGUCGGUUUGAACAAGGAUUUCAUCGGGUCAUUUGUGACCCGGCAGCUAAACCUUCGACUGAAAGGUGACUCACCUUGGGCCCGUAUGAUGCUGGUAUACGAAACGUUUAACAUGUCUUAUGAGCUGAACAAAGCCAUGAUCGCCACGACUGAGGGCGUUUUCGAGGACGCCCAGUUGAUGCAGAGCUUUCGAGAUGCUAAUUACGACCUGGUUCUAACUGACCCAGCCAUGGGUGGUGGGGUGCUGCUGGCUCAUCGCCUGGGCCUGCCGCUGGUCCUGAACGUAAGGUGGACCAUACAGGGGGAGGCUCACCAUGCCAUAGCCCCCUCCCCAAUCUCCUAUGUCCCGAUCCCAGGGUCAGAGCUGACAGACAAGAUGACCUUUCAAGACCGGCUGAAGAACGCCUGCCUCCAUGUAUUCCAAAGGUUUCAAAUCGCAUAUGUCACGGACCCAAACUACAUCCCCUUUGUCCACCGCUACUUCGGCCCAGACAUCCAUUAUAUGGAGCUGUUCCAGGCGGCAGACAUCUGGCUGAUGAGGAACGACUUUACCUUCGAAUUCCCUCGGCCCACCAUGCCCAACAUCGUCUACAUUGCCGGCUUUCAGUGCAAACCCUCCAAGCCUCUACCCAAAGAUUUGGAGGACUUCAUCCAAAGCUCCGGGGAACACGGCAUCAUUGUCAUGACCUUGGGAACCUUGGUGGGAAAGCUUCCCGAUAACCUCGCUGAUAAUAUCGCUGCCGCUUUCGCACAGCUGCCCCAGAAGGUCAUCUGGAGGCAUACAGGGAAAAGACCAUCCACACUGGGAAACAACACCUUACUACUGGACUGGCUGCCCCAGAAUGACCUCUUGGGUCACCCCAAAACCAGAGUCUUUGUGGCCCAUGGUGGCACCAAUGGUGUUCAGGAAGCCAUCUACCAUGGUGUGCCCCUAGUCGGCCUGCCCCUUAUGUUUGACCAGCAAGACAACCUAUUCCGAAUGAAAGCGAGGGGCGUGGCCAAAGUUCUGGAUAUUGCCAUGGUGAACAAAGACAACUUCCUGGAGGCGCUGAAGGAAGUGAUUAACAACCCCUCCUACAGGGAGAACAUGCAGAGCCUCUCCAGGAUACACCGGGACCGACCUGUGAAACCUCUGGACCUCGCCAUGUUCUGGAUCGAGUUUGUCAUGAGACACAAGGGGGCCCCACACCUACGGACUGAGUCGUACAAGAUGUCCACCAUCCAGUACUUCUCGAUUGACGUUGUAGCAUUUCUGCUAGCUGUGGUUUUGCUGAUAGCGAUUGUUUUUAUUUCAGUGAUGAAGUUUUUGUGGCGGAUGGUGUUUUCCAGAAGGAAAAUGAAAAAUGAGUGAUGGAUAGUCUCAUAGUUUUAUUUUAUACUACCUUGACAUCAGCUGUUUAUCAUGAACUGAGACCAGCAUGCCGAGUCUUACUAAAUCACAAUCAAACAGCGUUGGCUUGUGCACACACACACACACACACACACACACACACACACACACACACACACACACACACACACACAGAGUGUCCUUCGUUCUUGUAAAUCAAUUGUUUGUUUGGUUUUUUUUAAUCAAAUUGUCUUCUGAGUUUUUCCUCUUUUUUUCUGUAAAACACUCUCAACUCAAAGUCUUUUAUGAAUAAAAUCUGAUCAGAGGUGUUCACUUGACUUUGGUCAAGACAGAGAACAGACAAGGUUGUUUAACGCUUUCGACGGGAAAUAAAGACGGUCGU